AUGUGUCCGUCCCCGCGUCUGUCCCCGCGUCUGUCCCCGCGUCUGUCCCCGCGUCUGUGUCUGCGUCUGUCCCCGCGUCUGUCCCCGCGUCUGUGUCUGUCCAUGAGUCUGUCCCUGCGUCUGUCCCUGCGUCUGUCCCUGCAUCUGUGUCCGUCCCCGCGUCCGUCCCCGUGUCUCUCCCCGUGUCCGUCCCCGCGUCUGUGUCUGCGUCUGUCCCCGCGUCUGUCCCCGCGUCUGUCCCCGCGUCUGUGUCUGUCCAUGAGUCUGUCCCUGCGUCUGUCCCUGCGUCUGUCCCUGCAUCUGUGUCCGUCCCCGCGUCCGUCCCCGUGUCUCUCCCCGUGUCCGUCCCCGUCAGGCGGCGGCGACACGGUCAACACAACUAUUGAUCCCGCCUCUGUGAAUAACGAGCCGCUGCAGAGAGGGGCUAACCCGCUCUGGGCUUCUGCACGCCACUCUGCUCGACGGGACGCCAACCCACAUCAUGUUCCAGACGGGACGAGAUGUGGUCUGAAGCCAUUCGAAGCCGUCACAGAGAGGCUGAUGUUACAGUCUGCUAACGUAAGCUUCAAACAGAGCGGUGGAAUCCUGCUGGGAGGCUCGGUGUUCUUGAUGUUUUACUGCACAAACACACCUGGGCCUUCUCCCCUUCCCCCUCUGCCCCCGUCCUCAUCGCCAGCUCCCAGUAAAACAACCGCUGUCUCAGGAGGAGUUAGGACGUCAAGAGACUGCACCUGA